UUGCCAUAACACCCCGGAUGGAAGUCAUUCCACGCAGCUCACAACAUGGAAACUCUCGAGUGCCUGAUAGGAAAAUACCGAAUUCUGACUCCGAUGCAUGGACCGGGUCAACAAAGGGAUACUUCCAGGAAGGAACCAUACUCUCCUUCUCGAGAUGGAAAGCGCCAUUAAUCGCACCCGGGGAAGGAUGACGGGAAGUCAAUAAAAAGACACGAUGCGGUUCCUCAAGCACAUUCCGCAGAAAUUGUCGGAAUUCGGCCACAGUCACACUAUUACAGAUUUCUUUCGACCGGUUCUUGCAUUCCAGAUGGGGGACUUAUCAUUUGAAGACUCACCUAUCCAGGCGGUAGACCAGAUGGCAGACCAGGCACCGAACCACCAAGAUCGCCGUCGUCGGUCUGUGCGUCUUCGUCGGAGAGCCCUGGCGCAUGAGGCUGAACCAAACCGCCAAGAAUCACCUGCAUCAGAUACUCUGACUCUGUCUCUCGUCCUUCAAGAUCAGGGACGCGGGGACCUGAAGCAUUGGCUGCUAUACGUGGCGCGCGAGAACCAGCCCGGUCUGUGCUAUCAAGUCGUCGGCAUCCCACCGCUGAUGCAAUACUGGGCGCCAGACAAACCCGUCGAUAUCAAGGCGACUCGGUCGUGUUGGAACAUGUUCGAGCUGGGUACGGUCACCGCGGCGCAGGCGGCGAUGGUGGAGGAAAUUGCCAGCCAGGAACCACCAGCUCUAGCGCUGGAUUUAGAUGCCGGGGCAGAGAGUUGUCAAGGCUGGACGGUGAGAGUGCUCGGAAAGCUCUAUGAUCGAGGGGUUGUUGAUGCAACGAGCAUGAGCUUUGUGAGGUCUAUGCUGGAACCGGCCUAGACGUUGACUUGGUCUCGGCUUUUAUGAUGUUUA